CUUGAAAUCUGCCCAAUAACCAGGAAGCCGGGUUUAAAGCGGUAAUUUCAGUCUUCGGACUUCUGGAGUAUUUUUGUUCUGGUUUUCCCAAUUUCAUCUUGUUUUGUGUUUAAUUAUUAACUUAGUGACCCAAUGUGUUUUUGACCACAAGCGGAUGCGAACCUGUUUAACUCUUUGAAGUGCCGAAGUCGACAUGAAUGCUAGCCUCAGCUAGGAAGUCACCACCACCUGAAGAGACUUCACUGCCCAGCCUGUCACUCUUGGCUGGGUUACUGAAUGGACAGUAAUUAAGUAUAUAAAAUCACAAGGGCACGAGCACCCACCACGUACUAAAAAGAAUUAUUUUUGCAAUGACAGAGGAGGCGUGUCGGACAAGAAGUCAAAAACGAGCACUAGAACGGGACACAACACACAUUAAUGAUGUGGACAGUAAAAAAAUCAAACUGGAGAAAGGAUUCCUUGGAGUGGACCUAAAGACAGAUGGAGAGCUCCGAAUAAAGGCAGAGACUGGGGCAGCCAAAGUUCAUGGAUUAUUAAAAAGUGCUGAAGUGAAAGCAACAAUUAAAGUAGAAGUGCCGACUGGAGAUGAGCCGGUGGACAUGAGCACAACAAAAAGUGACAUUAUGAGAGAAAAGCGACCCCCUUCUCCUGAUGUUAUAGUCUUAUCCGACAAUGAGCCUUCCAGUCCAAGAAUGAAUGGAUUAACAAAAUUAUCAUCGAGAGAGACCAACACAGAAAUGCUCAUGAAGAGUACUCCUGAGGAGCGAGACAGAAUUAUCAAACAGCUGAAAGAAGAGUUACGUUUAGAAGAAGCGAAGUUAGUCCUUUUGAAAAAAUUGCGCCAGUCUCAAAUUCAGAAAGAGACGCCGCUGACAGCAACACCUAUUCAAAAGCCACCUCCUCCUCCAACUGCUGUUGCUGCUCCUCCCCCUCUGGUCAGAGGAACACAGACCAUUCCCUCCAUCAGACCACCUCUUCAGGUUACUCCAGUACGUACUUCUAGCACUGUCAUCCCUCCCCCACUAGUGCGCGGUGGGCAGCAGUUAGUGUCAAAGCUGGGGCCACAGAAUACUCAAAUUGUGAUGCCGCCUCUUGUUCGUGGACCACAGCCUUUGUCAGUGUCACCACAACAAGUCCACAACAUCCGACAGCACUCCAGUGCAGGACCACCCCCAUUGCUGCUUGCGCCACGAGCAGCAGUUCCAAAUGUGCAGGUCCAAGGGCAGAGGAUCAUUCAGCAAGGCCUUAUCAGAGUUGCCAACGUUCCAAAUGUUCCAAACAGCAGUUUGCUAGUCAAUAUUCCACAGUUUUCAAAAGGUUCUUCAUUGGAGUUAGCUAGAUGCAACACAUCUAGUCCUGUUUCAGUUGGGCGUUCUAUUUGUGAGGCUCCAUCAUCCACAAUAAAGAGUACCACUGUGACUGCAGCACAGCCGAAUAUAACCACCACCGUUACACAGGCAAUGAAUGCCAAUGACACCCCUGCAAGUCGACAAGCAGCAGCCAAGCUUGCAUUGCGCAAGCAGUUAGAAAAGACAUUGUUGGAGAUCCCACCUCCCAAACCUCCGGCGCCAGAAUUAAACUUUCUGCCAAGUGCAGCUAAUAAUGAGUUUAUUUACUUGGUUGGAUUGGAGGAAGUGGUGCAGAAUCUGCUUGAGUCUCAGGGUAAAGCUGUUGCAGUUCCUCCACCCAAGGAGCCCUGUGUGUGUGCCCAGUGUAAUACAGAUUUCACCUGUCGCUGGAGGCAGGAAAAAAAUGGUAAAAUUAUGUGUGAAAACUGCAUGACCUCAAAUCAGAAGAAGGUGCUUAAGGCAGAGCACACUAAUCGACUAAAAGCAGCUUUUGUGAAAGCCCUACAGCAAGAGCAGGAGAUAGAACAAAGGAUAAUGCAGCAGACAAGUUCACCUGCACAGACCAAACCAGAGCCAGUAGUACAACAUCACACACUGAAGCAGCAAAGUUCAGUCCAGCUGCCUAGAGGUCCCCUACCCAGUAACAGAGGAGUGUUACAUACGUUCAGUCCGCCUCCCAAACUGCAGAAUGCAGCCGCACUUGUAACCAGGCCAGGUAAGCAUUUCGAGAGACCUCUGAACAAAGGAAACAUCAUCACACCUACCACCUGGAAGAAGCAGACCCCCAUCGGUUCAGUUGAAGUUCGUAAGCUUAGUCAAAAAUUGGAACAAAUUGUUAUCAUGGAAGAAUGA